AAAUUUCUCUAACUAUAAUUUAACACGUUACAAAAUUUUCCUACUUUCAUUUUAUUUAUUUGAUAAGUAGCAUUCCAGGUAGAUAUAUAUACACAUAUAUUCAAGAAAUUAAAGGCAACCAACAAUAGAAGAUAGAUAUAUCAUAUAAUAAUAAAAGAAUAAUAUGGAAAAACUUGGGUGUUUGACAUUGUUGACGAUGUUGAUGUUGAUGUGUAAUAAUUUGUUAAUAGAGAAGAAAAUAGUUGAAGGAAAGAAUGAGAAUAAGAGGGUUGGUGGUGGUGUUCCAGGUAUUAUAGUGUUUGGAGAUUCAUCGGUAGAUUCAGGUAACAACAACCACAUUUCAACUAUUUUAAAAAGUGAUUUUGCACCAUAUGGUCGUGAUUUUGAAGGAGGAAAAGCCACAGGAAGAUUCUCCAAUGGCAAAAUUGUUACUGAUUUUAUUUCUGAAGCUUUUGGGAUCAAACCCACAAUCCCAGCUUAUUUGGAUCCUUCUUAUAAUAUUACUCAUUUUGCUUCUGGUGUUUGCUUUGCUUCUGCUGGUACUGGCUAUGAUAAUGCCACUUCUGAUGUUUUUUCAGUGAUCCCUCUAUGGAAAGAACUCCAAUAUUACAAAGAAUACCAGAAGAAAUUGAGAGACUAUCUUGGCCCAUCAAAAGCCAACCACACCAUUUCCCAAUUCCUUUAUCUCGUAAGCUUAGGCACAAAUGACUUCCUAGAAAACUACUUCCUCCUCCCUCCAAGAUCCUCUCAGUUUUCCCAACAAGACUACCAAAAUUUUCUUGCUAGAGCUGCAGAAGGGUUUGUUCGAGAGCUCUAUGCGCUCGGAGCUCGUAAGAUGUCGAUCGGGGGGCUCCCUCCAAUGGGGUGCUUACCAUUGGAGAGGAGCUCAAGGUUGAUUUUUGGAGGUACUGGUGAGUGUGUUGAGAAGUACAAUAGAGUUGCAAGGGAUUUUAAUGCCAAAUUGAUGGGGUUAGUGAAAACGAUGAAUGAGGAAUUGAAAGGGAUUCAGAUUGUGUUUUCCAAUCCAUUUGAUAUUCUUUAUGAUAUGAUUCUUCAUCCUAGCUACUUUGGGUUUAGUAAUUCAAGAAGAGCAUGCUGUGGAACAGGUAGAUUUGAGAUGGGUUUCAUGUGCUCAAAAAUGAAUCCAUUUACAUGUUCUGAUGCCAACAAAUAUGUGUUCUGGGAUGCUUUUCAUCCCACACACAAAGCUAAUUCCAUUAUAGCUAAUCACAUUGUCCAUACGUAUCUUUCUGUCUUUCUUCCUUAAUUUUCAAAAACACCCCUCCCCUCCUCAAACAAAAUUAAUUAUAUUAUGUCACCUUAUAAUAUUGUAUUUAUUUAUACACACUACUAGCUCAUAAAUAAAUAAUCUGUAUCUGUAUAUACUCUACUCUGUCAGAUUUGUUUACAAUAUAUCCUCACUACAAUAUUCUAUAAAUGAAAUGCAAUGAAAA